AUGAACAGAUUCUUUUCAUAUCUCCACACAUUCCUCACAAAGAUGCAGUCAAGACAGGACUUAGAGGCACAGUCUCGAGCAUCUUCGCCAGGAUCAAUCGCACAAUCUGAAAUUGGACCUUUAAUAGAUAAUAAUCCACGUAGCAGCGGAGAAAGCGUUUCAGAAGAGCCUUCUACAGGACGACCAAGCAAAGAUAUCUGGAAAAAAACAUUUUACAACAACCACUGGUUGUGUUUUAUUGUUUGUGCAGUCCCAAUAUUAGCAUCAUACUUUUGCGAAGGUGUCUUAAUAACAAGUUCAAAAGAACUGCUGUACGGUUGGGAACUUGCAAACAUUGUUUUCAAAGUUGUAUCAGAGCUUCUUCGGUUGGCGUUAUUUGUUUGGGCCGUUUCAAAGAAAGAUGGGUCAAAGUAG